AUGCCCACCGCGGAGCAGCUGGCGUCGCUGCCGCUCCGCUUCGGCUCCAACACCAUCUCUUUCCGCUGCUCCGCCGGCGGCGCGGCGCCGCUCAGCGCGUACGUCUACUACUACCCUUGGAACGCGCGCCUCGUGAUCUCCGACGUCGACGGCACGAUCACGCGCAGCGACAUCCUCGGGCACGUGCUGCCGAAGCUCGGCGUCGACUGGUCGCACCCGGGCAUCACGCAGCUGUUCCACAACGUCGCGGCCAACGGGUACCAGAUCAUGUUCCUCAGCAGCCGCGCGAUCGCGCAAGCCAACAUCACGCGGGAGUACCUGCACAAGCUGACGCAGAACGGCUACAAGAUGCCGAGCGGCCCCGUCAUCAUCAGCCCGCACGGCCUGCUGCCGUCGCUGUACAGGGAGAUGAUCCUGCGCCGCCCCCACGAAUUCAAGAUCGCGUGCCUCGAGGACAUCCGCGCCCUCUUCCCCCCCGAGUGGAACCCCUUCUACGCCGGCUUCGGCAAUCGCGACACCGACACCGUGUCCUACAAGGAGGUCGGCGUGCCGCCGGCGCGCACAUUCAUCAUAAACCCAAAGGGCCAAAUCAGCAAGGGCAGCAGCGCGGUGCAGAGCAGCACGUGGAGCAGCCUGUCUGCCAUAAACCAGCUGGUGGAUGAGGUGUUCCCCGCGGUGCCGGAGAUGCUCAACAUCAUGCGCGGCGCGUCGAGCGGCAUGCGCGCCGCCGCGCACGCCGCGGUUGCGGCCGAGCGGCUGUUGUCCGCGCUGCAGUCCCCGCGCGGCCGCGAGGGCGCGGACGACCCCGACUUUGACGAACAGCAGGAGGAUGAGUAUGGGGACCACCAGCAGCAGCAACAGGGCGCGACACAGGAUCAGCAGCAGCAGCAACAGCAGCAGCAGCUCAGGCCGCAGCAGGAGCAGGGCCACCAGCAGCAGUCGCACAGGCAGGGCCAGGAGCGGGCCGGCUCCGCCCAGGUCACCAGGGAAGGGGCCUCGCGGUUCGGCACGGCUGCGGGCGCGGUCGGCAGCAGGGGCCCCAGCAGCGCGGGCGGCGGCUCGCCGACGGCGUCCGCGGGCGGCUCCGCGCGCGGGGGGCGCGCGCGGCUGGUGGCGCCGAGCGCGGCCGGGCCUCAGAGGGACGAGUUCAACGAUGCACAGUACUGGCGCCCCACCCUGUCCUUUGACAUUGACAGCGAGCUCCAGGCGGCACUGGCGGGGGCCAGCAGGGGCAGCUCGCGGCGCUCGUCCGCGCAGGCCGCAUCGGAGGGCGGCGCGGCCGCGGGCGGGGGCGCGGGCGCGGGCGGGACCGGCGGCGGCCUUGCCCUUAGCGCCGCUAGCGGGGCGCCAGCGGCGCGCUGA